GCGCAGCCCCGCACCAACCGCCGCUCGCGAGGUUACCGUUGCCUUUCCCCCUCCCCCACGAGCAGACGCGGGGCCUCGCUGUCCCGCGCGCCGCUGGCGGGGCGAAGGGGCUGCCGGGAGUUUCUCUCGCGCGCGCCUUCCCCGCUGUGAGGGAAAGAGGACGCGGGCCUUUUUCUCCCGUCUGAUUGACGGGCUCUUUCCCGCUGUAUGCCGGCGACGGGGUGGCUGCUGCUGCUGAAGAGCUUCCCCGCGGGCUGCGGGUGUUUCUCGGGAGCCGGCCUCUCUCUGCCGUCGUCCAGCCUCAGCCGCCGCCGCACCUCGUCGCUUGCCGGCUUCCAGAGAUGGCGUGCGAGUCUAUUAGUAGGCGCGUGGUAGUGAUGGCGGCUUUCAGGGAGACUUUUCCUGUCACUGGAUACUGUUCCUACUACCGGCGGCGGGAGCAGCUUCUAAGUAGCCCCGCUGCUGCUGCUUCCAUGCUGCACAGCCCUUCUGCAGGAGGGGCAAAAGGGAAGUCUUGACCAACUCCCCGCCUUCCUCCUCCCCUCCCUUUCCUAGCUGCCUGCAGCCGCGGGAGUAUCGCGGCCACGCCGCCGCCGCCACCAUGGGCUUUUUGGACAGGCUGAGGAAAGACUGGUUCAUUCUCGGAAUAGUCCUGGUCAUCACGGUGGCCAAGCUGGAGCCGGCCUUUGGGGUGAAAGGGGGACCACUGAAACCAGAAAUCACCAUCACAUACAUAGCUGUUUCAGCUAUAUUCUUUAACAGUGGGCUCUCGUUGAAAACUGAGGAGCUGACAAGUGCUUUGAUGCAUGUGAAAUUGCAUCUUUUUGUCCAGAUCUUCACACUUGUAUUCUUCCCAACAGCAAUAUGGCUAUUUCUUCAGCUGUUAUCUAUCACACCUAUAAAUGAAUGGCUUUUAAAAGGUUUGCAGACAGUAGGCUGCAUGCCACCUCCUGUGUCUUCAGCAGUGAUUUUAACCAAAGCUGUUGGUGGAAAUGAGGCAGCCGCUAUAUUUAAUUCAGCAUUUGGAAGUUUUUUGGGCAUUGUGAUAACUCCCUUGCUCCUGCUGCUUUUUCUUGGAUCCUCUUCCUCUGUGCCUUUCUCAUCUAUAUUCUCACAACUGUUCAUGACUGUUGUAGUUCCACUCAUAAUUGGACAGAUUGUCCGAAGAUACAUCAAGGAGUGGCUUGAGAGAAAGAAGCCUCCGUUUGGUGCUAUUAGCAGCUGUGUGCUCCUGAUGAUCAUCUAUACAACGUUCUGUGAUACUUUUUCCAAUCCAAACAUUGACCUUGAUAAGUUUAGCCUGAUUAUAAUCGUUUUCAUAAUAUUUUCAGUUCAGCUGGGAUUCAUGCUGUUAACUUUCUUCUUCUCUACAAGGAAGAAUUCUGGUUUCACACCAGCAGAUACAGUGGCUAUUAUCUUCUGCUCUACACACAAAUCUCUGACUUUGGGAAUACCAAUGUUGAAGAUAGUAUUUGAAGGCUACGAACACCUAUCCUUAAUCUCAGUCCCUUUACUUAUCUAUCACCCGGCUCAGAUUCUCCUCGGUAGCGUGUUGGUACCAACAAUAAAGUCUUGGAUGAUUUCUAGACAAAAGGCACUGAAAUUAACAAAGCAGCCCAAGAUGCCAGUGAAAGUUUAACAGUGGAAGAGAUCCAAUGAAUGUAUAUAUGUACUAUUUUGUACAUACACAGAGACAAUUCAGAAGAUGGGCAUAUGUGAAUGUUGCUUCGGCAUUUAUUUUAUUUUUAUAGAUACUUAUAUAUACAUAUAUAUAUUUAAAAUACCUACUGAAGUGCCUUAAAAUAUAUUUGACAAAAGCAUUGAUUCCAAAAUCACAUGGCUGCUUGGUGUAACAGGUUGCACUAAAGUUUGGGGUCAUUUGAAUUCCCCCCCCCUUAUUGAGUGAAUAGUUCAGACAAUGAGAGACCGGAGCUUCCAUCCUCACACCUUCUCAGAGGAAGUGGGCACAAGCCGCCAAGUGUUUCUUACUCUCACGUAAGCUCCACUGAACUGAAUGAAGUCAGAACGGGAGCCGUGCUCUGCAGAUUCUACUCACCAUUCACGUGCAUAUAUGCUAAUCCCAGGCCAAAACAAACCAGGGGCAAGCAACACUCUUCUGGCUGACAACGGGAAAGCAAUUUCUGACAACGGGAAAGCAAUUUCUGAAGUUCUAGUCAAGAUUAACUUGAAUUUCUGUGUGAUUCCGUAACCCUCCCUGCUCCUAUGAUUAUGACAUGCCUUUUUCUUCUAAGUUUGUGUACACUCAGCAUGGGGCCAUCCAUUGGAGAGAAACGGAGAAGCAUAAAUUAUUUGCAUUUGUUGA